GUUCGGCGGCUCCGCAGCGAUGGCGGCCCCGCUGGCGGCUCCCGCCGGGCCCGGGGCCGGGGCCGGGGGGGCGCGGGGCGGGCGCGGGCCGGCGCUGCGGGAGGGGGCGCGGGUGUCCGCGCUGUGCCUCGCCUGGUACGGGCUCAGCGCCGGCGGCAACGUGGUCAACAAGCUGCUGCUCGGCGGCUUCCCCCGGCCCGUCACCGUCUCGUUGUUCCACAUCCUGGGGCUCUGCGGGCUCCUGCCGCCGCUGCUCCGCGCCUGGAGGGUCCCGCCCGCCGGCCCCGCGCAGCUGCCGCCCCGCGCGUACCCGCGGUACAUCCUCCCGCUCGCCUUCGGCAAGUAUUUCGCCUCCGUGUCCGCGCACGUCUCGCUCUGGAGGGUCCCGGUGUCCUACGCGCACACGGUGAAAGCCACGAUGCCGAUUUGGGUGGUUCUCCUCUCGCGGAUCAUCAUGAAGGAAAAGCAGACGACGAAGGUGUACCUGUCUCUGAUCCCCAUCAUCACUGGUGUCCUGUUGGCCACCGUCACAGAGCUUUCCUUUGACAUGUGGGGACUCAUCAGUGCACUUGCUGCUACUCUGUGCUUUUCCCUUCAGAACAUCUUCUCAAAGAAGGUGUUGAGAGAUUCCCGAAUCCAUCAUCUUCGGUUGCUGAACAUCCUCGGGUGCCAUGCUGUGUUCUUCAUGAUCCCAACGUGGGUUUUAGUAGAUCUUUCUUCCUUCCUAGUGGAGAAUGACUUGAGCUCGAUGUCUCAUUGGUCCUGGACCUUGAUGCUGCUCGUAAUCAGUGGGUUCUGUAACUUUGCCCAGAACGUCAUUGCCUUCAGUAUCCUCAACCUGAUCAGCCCCCUCAGUUACUCUGUGGCCAACGCCACGAAGAGGAUCAUGGUGAUCACGGUGUCCCUCAUCAUGCUGCGCAACCCCGUCACGAGCACCAACGUGCUGGGGAUGAUGACGGCCAUCCUCGGGGUCUUCUUGUACAACAAGACAAAAUAUGAUGCAAACCAAGAAGCAAAGAAGCAGCUGCUUCCCAUCACAACUGGAGACCUUGUGAAUUUGGAACGGCACCGAAACCCUCCUGAGAAGUCUCAGAACGGACUCACAGGGUUCGCCCAGCACGGAGACCUUCAGUACGGCCGGAGCAACGUCCUCACAGACCACUUCCAGUACGGCCGGCAGAGCUACCCCACCACCUACAACCUGAACCGGUUUGAUAUCUAGAACCCUGGCAGGCAGGUACAGACUGUGAGGUCAAAGUGUCCCCAGCAUUAUCAGAGACUGUCAGUACAUCCAUGAAUGUCACAAAGCCAUUUACUGUGCGUUUGGCAGCAGGGCAGUUGUGUGUGUAGGGGAGCGGCACAAACCUGCAGCUGCUGCUGGGCAGAGCUUUAAACGUGGAGCAGCCAGAGCUGAGACUGGAACCAAACCUUGUGCAGAGAUCCUGGUGAGGUGCUCGUGUGUAACUGCAGAGUGGAACAUCUGUCACUGCUCUUUUCGAAGUCUGUCAGCUGGUUAUUCUCUUGACAGCUGAAUUCUGGCCAGUAUCUCGUUUCCACGCCGGUAACGUCACCUUUAAUUUGUUCUCUAAUAAUGUUUUAAUGAUACUUUUAACGAAGCUUUCGGAAAGAAGUGGAAGUGAAGCAUAUUUCUGGUUAUCAGGAUUUGUCUGAGGAGGAUUGACUGAGGUGUCUCAGUUGCAGACAAGUAAACCUGAGUUCAUCUCCAGCAUCCGUGGAACUCCACCUGGGUGUUCACUACUCUCGUGCCUCUGCCUUCAGCCCUGGAGGACAAACCAGAAGUGUUUCUGAAGGAGCAGACAGUGGAAGGAUUGAUCUUCCCCAGAAUUGUGCUUCAGGCACAGAGAAACAGUUCUCCACAUCACUGUCGCCCCGGUCGCUGUAGAGAACAGCCAAGCCAAGCUUAAAAUCGUAGUUGUUUCUGAAUCAUGUAAGUCCUGUAACUUCAGACAUUGCUCUUCCUUGGCCAUGCAGGAAACUCCUUCACAAAUAAAGUGUUUGGAAUAAUA